UAAUACCACUCGGCUAUCACCUGCUGCUCAGUACACCCAAGUAUAUGAUAGAUGUAUUUUCCAACAAAGACAAAAAAUACUUAUCAAAAGUAAAAUAGUACAAUCACAUGUUAAUUUAUACUACUUACUUUUUAUUAUGAACAUAGCAAUUAGCAAUCCUAAAUCCACCAUUUAAGGGCAAAAGUAAAAAAAAAAAACCUAAAAUUUCCAAUUUCAUAAUUUUGACUUCAAUCUCACACGUUCAUAUACUACCACACCCCUUCCUCUUUGUCCUGCCUUUUUCCGCACAAAAUUCCCACUCAAAAAUACUUCAUAAAGCACCAUUUUCCAAAAAAAAAAUCAUUUUCUUACAAGUAAUAAAUAAAGGGAUUUUUUUUUGAUGUGGGUUGCUUCCGUUGGAUCUUCCUGAAACACGGAGAUCAGAUCACACCAGCAGAAAGAGGAGAGAGAAAGAAGAAGAAGAAGUUUCACUCUAUAUGCGCUGCAUAAUUUCAUUCACUUCACUAUUUUUUUCCCACCCAACUGUUUUUCUCUCUUUAAUUUCUGAUUCUUUCACAUUUUUUGCAUUUAAAAACCCAAAAUCCUGACUCUUAGGAAGAAGAUUCAAUACUACUCAUUGAUCUGUUCAAAGUUUGUGCAAAAUCAGCGGUUUCUGGAGAAUUCCUGAAUGCUAAUUUUUUUGGUCUGAAAAAGUGGUCCAACUUAUAGCUGAACAGAGAUGAGUGUUCCUGGAUUUUAAGCAAACAAUGGUCUUUAGCAAAAUCACAGAAUUCAUCUCAUCUGCAACAAAUCGUCCAUCCAUGCGGCACUCGUCCUCCAUCCCAUACAUGCAAGCUGGAUUAUCACCUCCAAAAGGUUCUGGUCAUGGAUUUAGUUUUAGCAAUCCCGGGCAGAUGAACAUGAGGCUAUCUUCGUCAUUACAAGAUUUUUCUCAAUAUCGUCGAUUAGAUCCUGAAGGUGGUGAUUCAAAUGGUGGGACUGAUAUCAUCAAUGGAAAGCCUUCUCAUGCAUUCCGUAGAGAUAUUUCCAGCCCUAGUUUUUCAAAGGAUAAAGUACCCCAAGCAAAUCCAUUUACACGAAAGAAAUGGAUUAGAACAUUGACGAGCCUCCUCUGCCUGCUUUUCUUUGGCUUCCUUGUGUUCAUAGUUGGUCAAUUUCUUUAUUCUUUGUGGUCCGGUGGACCGUCCAAGUUUUAUGUCGUGCUUGAUUGUGGGAGUACUGGGACUCGUGUAUACAUAUAUGAAGCAUCUGUCGCUCACAAGAAAAAUAGUAAUCUUCCUAUCGUCUUGACAUCAUAUUCUGGGGCAUACAAAAAGCCAAAGGGACAGAGUGGGCGUGCUUAUAAUCGUAUGGAGACUGAGCCUGGGCUUGAUAAAUUGGUACGCAACUCUACCGGUUUGAAGGGUGCAAUAAAGCCACUUUUACGGUGGGCAGAGAAGCAGAUUCCAAAGAAUUCACAUAAGAGUACUUCUCUUUUCCUUUAUGCUACUGCUGGUGUUCGUAGGCUACGAAAACCGGACUCUGAUUGGAUUCUUAAUCAUGCUUGGUCUAUUCUAAAAAGCUCCCGUUUCUCAUGUCAACGGGAAUGGAUCAAGAUUAUCAGUGGCAUGGAGGAAGCUUAUUAUGGUUGGAUCGCUUUAAAUUAUGAAACAAGUGUCUUAGGGGCCAUGCCUAAGAAGCCUACUUUUGGUGCUCUCGAUUUGGGUGGUUCAUCACUGCAAGUAACAUUUGAGAGCAAGGAACCUGUUCAGAACAAAACUAACUUAAACCUGAGCAUUGGACCAGUGAACCAUCAUCUCAGUGCCUAUUCUCUAUCAGGUUAUGGAUUAAAUGAUGCCUUUGACAAAUCCGUUGUUCAUCUUCUCAAAGGGAUGCCAAAAGUGACCAAGGAAGAUUUAGCUCAUGGAAAUGUAGAAAUCAGGCAUCCCUGCUUACAUUCUGGAUAUAAAAGUGAAUACUCCUGCUCACAAUGUGCAUCCCUGAACCAAGAGGCUGGGAGCCCUCGUUACGGAGAGAAAGACCUUGGCAAAGGAGGCAAACCUGGAGUCCCUGUUUGGCUUAUUGGAGCCCCGAAUUGGUCAGAGUGCAGUGCAGUUGCAAAGGUCGCUGUUAAUUUGUCAGAAUGGUCAGACCUUAGCCCUGGUAUUGAUUGUGAUGUGCAACCAUGUGCUCUUUCCGAAGAUCUUCCCCAUCCUCGUGGUCAGUUUUUUGCAAUGUCUGGUUUCUUUGUUGUCUAUCGUUUUUUCAACUUGAGUUCAGAAGCAACCCUGGAUGACGUAUUAGAGAAGGGGCAUCAGUAUUGCGAUCAAACUUGGGAAGUUGCAUAUAAAAGCGUUCCUCCACAACCAUUCAUUGAACAGUACUGCUUUAGGGCACCCUAUACAGUUUCAUUGUUGCGGGAAGGCUUGCACAUAACUGAUGGUCAGAUCAUGAUUGGCUCUGGUGGCACUACUUGGACACAAGGGGUUGCCCUUGUUGAAGCCGGGAAGGCAUUUGCAACUAGAACAGAGCUUCAUUCGCUUCAGUUAUUUGAGAUGAAGAUAGAUCCUGUGAUCCUUUUUGCUGUUCUGUUGAUAUCAUCAUUUGUGCUGGUCUGUGCAUUAUCAUGUGCUGGUAAUUGGCUCCCUAGAUUUUUCCGCAGAACGCAUCUUCCUAUCUUCAGGCAUAAUAGUGCUCCAGCUGCUGUCCUCAAUAUUGCAUCUCCUUUUCGGUUCCAGCGUUGGAGUGCUAUAACUUCCGGGGAUGCUAGAGUGAAAAUGCCACUGAGUCCAACAGCUGUGGGUGAUCAAGAAAGGUCAUUUGGCAUUGGACAUUGGUUCGGUGGAACUGGAAGCAACAUUCAGCUCACUGAUUCAGCAGUAGGUGGUGUUUCACACAGUCCUUCAUCGGGUAGCUUAGGACAAAUGCAAUUUGACAACAACGGCAUGGGUGCAAUGUGGAGCCCUCAUAGAAGUCAGAUGCGUCUUCAAAGUAGACGGUCAGCAUCCCGAGAGGAUCUGAUGUCUUCUGUGGCUGAUGGAGUGAUGAAGGUUUAGGUCUUCAUAAAUCCUGAAAUAUAUCGUUGACUGGGAUGAUUGCCUGCUAACGAGCUAUUCAUGAUCCGAGAUCGCUAUUAACUUCAAUCGAAGAGGGAAUUCCACACUACCUGAGGGGCACAUGCAAAAGCUGUUCAGACUCCUAAACCGAGUAUACAAAGAGCGUCGAGUAUUACUCUUUUGAACCGGCAGAGACCCUAUCUGUAAAUCACACAUUCAACCAGAGGUGGCAGCCGUAAAGGAAGCUAAAAUUGAGUUGUUGAGAUCUUCUGGCUAACACCUUUUUUUCCCUGAAUGUGCUAUAAUGUUAUUCACUGUAAUCCAUCUAGGUGACUGCUGGUCACUAAUUAAAUUUUGUUUUCUCUGAUGAUUAAUGUUGAACUGAUUGCACAGAUGAUUCUUUCUGGUGAUCAGAUGGAAGUAAAUACAGAACCAUAUAUAUAAAUAUACUACUUACUAUUGAAUAUAA